AUGGAUGAGCUUAAUCUCAAGGUCCUUAUUGUCGCAUCUUCUGGAAUUGCUGCUACGUUGUUGCCAAAAGCAGCCACCGCACAUUCAAAAUUCAAAAUUCCUUUGGAAAUUGAUCAGAACUCAACAUGUAGCGUACAUAAAGGUACACAACUUGCACACUCAUUGGCUGAAGCAGAUCUUAUUAUAUGGGAUGAGGCUCCUAUGAUCCACCGAUUGGCAUUUGAGGCCGUUGAUAGAACUCUCUAUGAUAUAAUGAAUGUGCCUUUCACGGGAGAAGGGUAUAAACCAUUUGGCGGCAAAACUGUUCUGUUGGGAGGAGAUUUCAGGCAAACACUGCCAGUAGUACCAAAUGCAGGUAGAGAAGAAAGUGUUGAUUCUUCUCUAACGCGAUCAUAUCUUUGGAAGCAUUGUACUGUGCUGCAUCUGUCCAAAAAUAUGCGCAUCACAGCAUCACCUCUUAGCCAGCAACCAACAUUUGGUAAUAUGGCUUUUGCCGAUUGGACAUUAGCCGUAGGCAAUGGAGAGAUCCCUGCUACAAGCUUCAACAAGAACCAACCUGCAGACUGGAUUUCCAUACCACCGUGUUUUCUUCUUGAUCCAGGCUCUCAACCGAUAGCAACAAUAUGUGAUGCGAUAUACUCAGACUUCUCAACAAAUUACCACCAUGCAGGUUACCUGACAGCCAGAGCAAUUGUAACUCCAACAAACAAGAAUGUCACUGAGAUUAACAAACACAUGCUGAACAGGGUGCGAGGAAGGAUUCACAGUUACUUCAGUGCAGACACAAUCCACUCAGAUUCAAAAGAUUCUGCAAGGCUUGAGGUUGAGUACCCUACUGAAUUCCUUAACACAUUGGCUUUUAGUGGCUUUCCAGAUCAUGAAAUUGAACUGAAAAUUUUUUCACCAGUGAUGUUGCUUAGAAACCUAAACCCAGAAAUAGGUUUGUGCAAUGGCACUCGAAUAAUGGUCACCUACCUAACAACUUAUGUGAUCAAAGGACUCAUCAUGGGUGGUGCAUAUGCUGGAAAUGUUGUUGCAAUACCUAGAAUUGUUGUCGACAUCAAUAAUCAGAAGUGGCCUUUCGUGCUAAGACGCAGACAGUUCCCGAUAAGACUUUGCUAUGCAAUGACCAUCAACAAGAGUCAGGGACAGACUUUGGACCGUGUUGGAGUCUUUCUCCCAAAGCCGGUUUUCAGCCAUGGCCAGCUGUAUGUUGCUAUCUCAAGGGUUAGGUCUGCUGAAGGUUUGAAAUUUCUUAUUCAAAAUGAAGAGCAUGUGCCUCUGGGGUAUACAAGGAACAUUGUAUACAGUGAAACGUUUGAUUCACUGGGCGGUGCAUCGCUGUGUAUACCUCCAUCUACUGUUAGGUUCGCUUCUGAAAUCCCGCAUCCCUGA